AUGGAUAAAAAAGGCCAAUAUUGUGAACUUGCAUCAUGGCGCAAGGUGUUCAAGCGGGACUGGAAAUGGGUGGCGACAACCCCAAUUACUAUGCUGUUGAACAAUAAAUACAGACCGAACACACUCACCUGGGUGUGUACCUGCCCACAUUUCAGUACCAGCCAAUUUCUCCUCUGCAAGCAUCUUGUUCAAGAUGUCCAUCCUGUCCCCCCCUUGUUCUUCCUCGAGGUCAAGCGUAAUCAAACAACGCCGUUCUGGAAGCAUCCAGCGCUCAUCUCGCUGGACACUCCAACCAGCCAUUUGAACAGUGAUGACACCAUAUUGCUGACAAACAUGGCUGCUGGACAAGGGGAUUCAGACAUCCAAGAUGACAAGGAGUCAGAUGAUGAAGGAAUUAUUGACAUUGGAGGGAUGGAGAAUUGGUCUGUAGGGGAAACAAUGAGCUUGGAGCGGGAGGGGGUGUCCUUGUUCCGGCUCGCCAGUCAUUGCCUUGAGGGUGAGCAUCGAUUCAACUUGAUGAGGGGAACUUUGCUAACAACGUGGGAGAAGACAACAACGAGCGUAAUGUAUUACCGCACAUGCCCACCACACACAGACACCUUGAGUUGA